AUGGGAAAGAAUGAUAACCAUUUGCCGGAUUUGUUGGCAGAGGACCUGGACAUUAAGCUUCGCCUGGACCUGCAGCUCCUGUACCUGAGGAAAAUCCACAGCUAUUGUUACUACGGAAAAUAUAAAACGAACAAUUACGUGGACCUUUGGGACUCAAGUGGACCCGGAUACGUUAGGGUGGACCUGACCAACGAGUUAUACGAUAAGGAAGAAGGAAUGUUCGGACAAAAUCCAAGGAUCAGAUUCGCAACUUUUGAAACCUCUAAGGACCAGCUCAAGGAAUUCAACGAGAAUUUCGACUGGGAACAAGAACUUAAGGACAGUUGCACAGUAUCAGAACAACAGUUGUUAUGGAUAAAAGAUGUUGAAUCGUUUGCGAACAAGAUCCUCGAGACUGAUUUGGCGCCUCCAAAGUUUGAGCUUUCAGAGUCAGUUGAAGAGAAGUGGAAACAGUUUUGCAACCUAAACACCCUGAUUGACUCACCAGAUAAGUUCAGAUGCAAGCUUUGCAGCAAGCUCUUCAACGACGCGAAGUUUGUGUGGAAACACUUGAAGAAAGUGCACGGAGAGUCUUAUAAUCAAGUAGUGGUUGAGUGCGGGGUUCCAAAGAUGCGCGAACUCUUCUUCGACGCCCAUAGAGAUACGAGGUCAAACCCAUUUGAGAAUCUAGUCACCUUGCCAAUAAUCCAGAAACCAAAGUCCAACUUUGACAACGCCACCAAAGAAUUUUUCAAAAAGGUUGAAAUUCCACCUCCAGAUAAGAGAAAAAGACCCAGAGAUUAUUACGAUUUCGAUGAACCAAAACUUAAAAAGGAAUUUGUAACAUUUGCCCCUGACGAAUAUUCGAGGCCAAGUGUUAAGUAUGACGAUCUUUAA